UAUUAAUAGAACCGUUGCCCGCGCUUCUGCAACGGUCACUAUACUCUGGAAUCUGGAUUGGAGUUCUGAGAGGGCUGGUCUAGAGGCGGCGGAGUAGAGAAUAGGGUUCGAUCGGUUGUUCAGCGCGUUCCGUUCGUAAUGUCUACUUGCUUUCGGUCUGUCAGAAUUUUUUCAUAUGCCGAGAAACGGUAUAUCUGUUCGACCCCAAGCCUGUGGAACUUCGCUAGGGUUUCGAUAUGAUUAGCGCGGGUCGGGUUUUUUUUGGUACUCGAUGGUCAUCGUCGCUCCGUUGCAGGUUGGGGUUUGCCUGUUUCCAAAAAUAUGGUGUGAUCCGGGCUGGAGCAGCAGCCUUUCUCUUGAACAAUCCCAUGUGGGCCAUAGACUACGAACGUGUGAGAUCAAGGAAGCCUCCAGUUGCGAUUAAUUUUUCACGAAAUGCCCAUUUGGAACAGCCUUCUGCAGAUAAGAUGACUGAUAGAGCUGCAGAAGUUACUUCAGCAUCAAGUCUUUAGGUGUGUAACUUUAGUCCCAAAUUGCUUGUUGGGAACAAUCUUGGUCAGAAAGUUAUGUCCUCUUCUGCCUUGCUAUUGAGAUGACAUCUACUCAUUCUAGUUUCCAUUAUGCUUCCCUCGAAAUAUAUCAUUGGUGUUGGAAUUUGCAAAAUGAGACUCUUGUAGUGUCGUAGAAGGAACAUGGAAUAAGAGUACUAUACGAUAGAUGGCCCAUAAAAUACUGUGUGCAUGUAAGCUCAACGCGUAUAUGAAAUUGGGUAUGUUUUUUCCUUAUCAAGAUGCUCCAUUUCCGAUUCAUCGGUUGUGACAGUGUUUCGUAAUAAGAAAGUCAUUUACGGAGUCC